GUGAUGGCUGUCUGCAGGCGAAUGAGCCAUGCCGAUUUGACAUGCCCAUCGCCCGUCGAGGGCCCAAGGCUCGAAGGACUCGAGCAAGCUUGGGCGGCACGCAGCAUGAACCUGACACUCGCUGGCGACCACUGGCUCGCCCUUCCAUGCCUUCAGACUCUCAUGUUUCCGUGCAGGCAAACUCUCCGGGAGCCGUGAGUCAAGCAUCACCCUCAGCCGAUGCCGCUGCCGCCGCAGCGUUGCGGUCGCUUGCCUGGAGAGCUCCAGGACCAUCAGACACAAUCGAGCAAGAUCAGCAGGACAGAAACAUUGUUCCUGGAUUCAGACAUGAAAUCUCCCCAGAGUUGCCAAUCGUCGAUGUCAACUCACCAUCCUCAAGGAGCGGUGUCAGCAUCGGCCUCACGAACCAGCUGGGAACUUCAGCGGCGCUGGAUCGGUGGAAACUAGUGGUCAACGCUCUGCAAUAUGCCGGCCAAGAUGUUACAGUGCUGCUCCCGAGGGCACUUGAUUUGUUCUUCGAGUAUCUGUAUCCCCUGACACCACUCGUCCACGAGGCUACUCUACGCCAGUCUCUAGCUUCCUUCACGUCCAUGGAUCCAGCGAGUCUUGGGGUUCAAUCAACAAGUCCCAGUGAGCCUUGGCAAGAGUCCUCUCUCACAUUGCUUCUCGCUGUUUCCGCUGCCGCCGCGUUCUUCCUGCCGAAAGACAUCUUUGCCGAAGGCCACAUUGUCAGCGACAUUCUUCUCAACAAUUCGCGGGCAUCUUUGAACAACUACGUGGAAGCGGACCUGGCCAAUCCCAACGCUAGCUCACUGGCCAUUCGGUACUUCCACUCGAAUUGCCUCCACGCCGCUGGAAGACCAGGACAGUCGUGGCUGGUCUUUGGGGAAGCGGCCAGACUGGCUCAGGCGAUGCAGCUACAUGAAGAAAGCGCAUACACAGGCUUGGAGGGGUUGGAAGCAGAACUACGAAGGAGAGCAUUCUGGAUUCUCUACAUGGGAGACAAGUCCGCGGCAAUCCUCAACAGCCGCCCCAUCACUAUCCACAAGUUCUCCUUUGAAUCUGGUAUCACGACCGCCUAUCCCAAGCCCUAUCACGGCCUUUCGACCGAUGCGUUGUCGCCUGCCAGCGGAACUCGCGCGGUAGAUUCGGCAACCGACAGGCACGCUCAGACCAUUAUCGAGGGCUUCAAUGCCAACCUGCGUCUGUGGCAGACAUCAUCUGAUAUUCUGCUAGAGCUGAGGCUCAUCAGAGAUCGACAGCUGCUGGACAAGAACAAUCACACCGGCUUUAAUGGGCCCCUCGGAGCCGCCGUGAGCCCGGCUCCUAUCCAGCUCCCCCUCGACGUACAGGCGCAGCAGUUAUCAGAUCAAGAGCGUGCACGUCUCAACACUCUAUACAUCCGCUUCGCCACCUGCCUCGACACGAUCCCACCCUCUCUCCAAUCAUAUACACUGGCGUUACUGAAUACUGACAGCGGUCCCGCCGGCGGUGGCGCGAACGGCACGCCUCCAAGCCCGACCGAUUUCCUUCGUACGAACCAGUGCGUCGUGCAGUGUGCCAAUCUCCAGGUCUCGGUCCACUGUUUGAGGAUGAUCCUCGCCCAGAAGCUCGAGAUGCUGCCGUCACUAUACGGCGUCACUGAAUUGGGCCACUCUGAUCUACACAAGACCGAGAUUGCUCGGGACAUGCUUCGUGUGAUCCAGGAAGCGCCAUUCUGGUCCUUGCAGGUCAAUGGCGAACCAUAUGUCGAAAAGAUCCGUCUGAUUGGCGCCAGCCUUCUCGAGAUCAUCCAUCGCAACGGGUCUUCGCCGAUCGCCGCCCGUGCGCGGGCGGACUUCAUAGUGCUGCUAGACCUACUUACCAGGCUGGACUCAUGUGCAUCGGAUUCCUUGCGGAACGAUUCUGGCUGGGCAGUGUAGAACUUGUGUAGACAAUGUAUAGUAAAGUGACGUGCAACCAAAGUGCGCACAAUAUUGUCCUA